CGGGCGAGCGGCAGCUGGUGCUCCCGGGGGCGGGGCCUGUCUUCGCGGCCGAACGGUGGGCGAUGCGAAGAGCGAGCCGGAGUUGAAAAUUUGCAGAGUCCUGAGGCUUUCGGACCGAAAAAGACUCUCCUCUCUCACUAACGGUCUCCAUCAUGAUUCAUAGCCUGUUCUUGAUCAACUCCUCCGGAGAUAUUUUCCUAGAGAAACACUGGAAAAGUGUGGUCAGCCGUUCUGUUUGUGAUUACUUUUUCGAGGCACAGGAGCGAGCGACGGAGGCUGAAAACGUCCCACCUGUCAUCCCCACCCCUCACCACUAUCUCUUAAGUGUGUACCGGCACAAGAUCUUCUUUGUGGCUGUGGUCCAGACAGAGGUCCCGCCCCUCUUCGUGAUUGAGUUUCUCCACCGAGUGGUGGACACCUUUCAGGAUUAUUUUGGAGUCUGUUCGGAGCCAGUGAUAAAGGACAAUGUGGUGGUGGUUUAUGAGGUACUGGAAGAAAUGCUUGACAACGGAUUUCCAUUGGCUACGGAGUCGAACAUCCUCAAGGAACUGAUAAAGCCUCCCACCAUCCUUCGCACCGUUGUCAACACCAUCACAGGAAGCACCAACGUGGGGGACCAGCUUCCCACUGGGCAGCUGUCGGUGGUGCCUUGGCGACGGACCGGGGUGAAAUACACCAACAACGAGGCCUAUUUUGAUGUGAUUGAAGAGAUUGAUGCCAUCAUUGAUAAGUCAGGUUCCACCAUCACCGCGGAGAUCCAGGGGGUGAUUGAUGCCUGCGUCAAGCUGACCGGGAUGCCCGACCUGACGCUCUCCUUCAUGAACCCCAGGCUGCUGGACGACGUCAGCUUCCAUCCCUGUGUCCGCUUCAAGCGCUGGGAGUCCGAGCGCAUCCUCUCCUUCAUCCCGCCGGACGGGAACUUCCGCCUGCUCUCCUACCACGUCAGCGCCCAGAAUCUGGUGGCAAUUCCAGUGUAUGUCAAACACAGCAUCAGUUUCCGGGACAGUAGUUCCCUGGGACGCUUUGAAAUAACGGUGGGCCCUAAGCAGACCAUGGGGAAGACCAUAGAGGGCGUGACUGUCACCAGCCAGAUGCCCAAAGGGGUCCUGAACAUGAGCCUCACUCCGUCUCAGGGGACACACACGUUUGACCCUGUCACCAAGAUGCUGUCUUGGGAUGUAGGAAAAAUCAAUCCCCAAAAGCUACCAAGUUUGAAGGGGACCAUGAGUCUUCAGGCCGGAGCUUCCAAACCAGACGAGAACCCCACAAUUAACCUGCAGUUUAAGAUCCAGCAGUUGGCCAUUUCCGGACUCAAAGUGAAUCGUCUGGAUAUGUAUGGAGAAAAGUACAAACCCUUUAAGGGCAUAAAGUACAUGACCAAAGCGGGGAAGUUCCAAGUCCGAACCUGAAGGCAGAGUUUGGCCGAGCAAACAGUGAUGAACACUUUUUCAUUUCUUCCUUGUUUAAAAGCAAAAGCAAUCAGCCCAUCUCCUAGGUCAGUGCCCCAUUCUGGCCCCACCCGCUCCUGUUUUUCCUCAGCCUUCAGUGCCAUGGAACGGAUGCAGGGAGAAAGGGGUUGCCGGAGAGGCCGGGACAGAACUGGACACGCCGGCAGCAGGGCAGAGGUGGGCGAUGGAGGGACGGUCCUGCCUCCAUACCAAACCGUCCUAAGCGGGGUCCCCCAGAGGAAGACUAGCACUCGUUGCUCGCUUGGCUUUAAUUCUCCAAAGCCAAGGAAAGACUACUUUGUUCUUGUUUUUAAGGUGGAAAGAAAGAUUAGACAGAGAGCAAGCUUGGAAGGAAAAUGAAUGUUCCCCGAGGAAGGGACAGGGAAGGCUCUGCUCUGAGGGGAGCCCCAGGUGUGCGGACACCCUCAGGUGGGGGCAGAGAGGAGCCCGCCAGCCCCACAGGCGGGAGGGGGGCAGAGAACAGAGGCGAGGUAGCUUCUUUUUAACCCCUCUGCUUUCACUCACACAUAAACAUCUGUACUUCUAGAAAUGAGCUGGGAACUCCCCACACUCAAGUCCACUAUUGACAUGGAAAACGCCAGGAGAAUCUGAUUUUCCCUUAAAGAUGACAGUGAUGUCCGACCAGGUUUCAGAUGCUGACCGCCACUUGCCAUUAGCACUUGGUCUGUCACCUCCCAUGAGAAGGUGACCCGCCCCCUGCCCAGCACUGGUUGCCCAAAAUGCCUCUUUCCCUGACCCCAGACAAUCCCAGUGACUCCACUUCCCCAACCCUUUCCCUGCUCCCCGAGGAGAGUUUUCAGAGAUGCCGAUCGCAUCCCCCUGGGGUGGCCAGGUUUUGUGCAGCACAGUAUUGGAGAGUGGAUGGCCCCCUCAUUCCUCGUGGAGGGGUCCCAGCCCUGGGUUGUCAGUGCGGGACUGGUCCUGCAGCCGGAGCCUCCCGUCGGAAACGUGUCUCCAUCAGUAACCCCAGGUGAACAGGAAGCUUACCACUGAGGCCAGGUCAGCCCUGGGAGCCUCCCAGGAGUUUCCUGAGUCUCUUCUGUUCUCUACCAGGUAGUAUAUUUAUUCCCAAUACAAAUCUACCAGCCCAUUUUUGUUUUAAGACAAAAUCCCCUAAAUCUUUGAACACACCGGAUGCUGUCGGAAGGUGGGCCACGUUGCUCGUGUAUCGCGCAGUUUAAAAAACACGGCAGCUGAAGGAGCCGCACAGGCCUUCCCAACGAGUAACAAAUUCCAGUUCAGAAUGCUCGUUACCCCUUUAAUUAUUGAUACAAAAGACAGGUUUUUAAAAUGAUAGUUGAAGGAGUAAUAUUUGCUCUGUUUCAUGCAUUGAGAAAAACACCUUGUGCUCUGCAAACCCUAUAGUCUUUCUCUAAAGCCCUGGUUCCAGAUACUUCAGCAAUUUUCCCCCCUAGCUUUAUCUUCCUACUUGCUGGACUUGUUUUUGCUGCAGAAUAAUGUUGCUUUGUGGUUCUUCCUGGGAUAAACUGUGCCGUGUACACCCCGAUGUGUCUCAUCCUCCAUCACUCCAGACUUGGUCCUGGAUUUCUGGGUGCCACACACCCACCUGCCAUGGUAGGGAGACAGCUCUGCUGGUGGAUCCCGGAACACCGGAACAACUUCUCUCCCGGGUCCUGGAGGAUUUCAGGGUUUCCUUCGUCACAGGAAACCACCAGUCUUGGUCCCUGAAUAUUCUUUGGUUUAUAAGUCCAGCUGUGUUAUUUCCUCCAGGACAGCUCAUCCUAAUUUGAAGGGAAGGACUUAGGAGAAAUAAAGGGGGUGUGUGAUCUGCAGGCCUUAGCAUGGGAGGCCCCACCGGACCCAGACCCCUAGGCGACCCCUCCACCCAGCGGUGUGUCAGCCUGAGUGAUGCCAGGCAACACCACUGAGCUGCUCUGGUCCGUACGUGUUUAAUGUGCAGUAGCAUUUAAACCUGUUUAAACCUUAAUAAAGUUGAGUUUUACCAGUC